AUGAGCUUCUUACAUCAUUAGUCUAGUACAAUCUAAUUAUAUUAAACUAGAAUUCAAGAUAAUGUACUUUCCAUGGAUUUCUGGAACUAUCCUCCCUACUAAUUUCUGAGCACAACUUAACAAGAUUUAUCAUAUUAGGUCAAAAAAUAGAAUGUCGAUGUUAUUUUGAUUGACACAUAUGGGAUCAAUCAAGAAGUAGCAAGAGCUCUGUUUUAGCUAUUGCCAGAUUAUGAACUUAUUUUGCCUCAGCUCCUAUCCACAAUUAACAUAACCAAGGGCAAUUUGUAACAUAGCUUGUCCAAUCUGUACGAUUUACAAUUGAAAAUGACAGAUCAGUUGAAUCCUUUUACUUUGAAGGGAAAGGGAAUGGUUUGUUGCCAGGGUGAAGGUUUCGCAACAAAUGAAUUUAUAUGUUUUUACUUUGGAGAAGUUUAUUCGCCUUAAAGGUGGUUUGAAAAAUAAACAAUAUUCAACAAGAGAAUGCAAGAUGGCAAUCGAAAGACAUGUUCGUAAAGUCCUUACGUCGAAUUCUUCAUAAAUGAUGAUUUAUUGGUAAUGUUUAAAAAAUAUUUUUAGUUUAUUGACCCCACUCGGUAUGGGAAUAUGGCUUAGCACAUUUCAUAUUCGUGUGAUCCAAAUUGCAGAUUAGUCACAGUAAUUGUCAAUUAGCAGAAUUUAUUGGCAGUUAUGACAGCAAAGAAAAUAAAUUACUUAGAAGAAUUGACUUUGCCUUUUCCUCUCACUUGUAUGGACUAGUGUCUAUGCGGAUCAUUGCAUUGCAAGAGAGUAUAGCAUCUCGAAAUGGAAAAUGCCCAUCAAAGUAGCAUUUACCCAAAUUAUAUAUAAAGAAAUGUAAUUUUGCUUUAAUCUACCCUAAUGAGCUGCCAAAACACUCAGAGCGAUAUUCCUGAGUGGUUGGCGAAUUGGUAGAAACUCAACCAUCAAUAAAAUUAUAUUAAUAUAUUUUCCUGUGUUGACAAAGUUAAGUUUGCAUUAUAACAUUUGAAGACGGUGUAACCGCCUAUUUUUCUAGUAACUAACAUUUUCGACUAAUUCUGGAAGAAUUAUGGAUCCAACACUCAGAAGAUUCAGUUGGAGUCAUCCAUAAUAAAUGAAAUUGUGAUAUUCCUGAAAAGACACUCAUAAUAACAUUAGUGCAGUAUAGGGUUAGAAAUAAUAAAAUAGAUGAAGCAGAUUAUUGAUCAAAAUAGUAUUUACGCUCUAGAAUUGACUAGAAUGCUAUUCCUUUUAUUGAGUGAGAUUAUUUUAAAUAUAGAAUCUUGCUCAUUCAAUAACAAAGCAUUUGCUACCAUAUUGUACUUUAUGUCAUUUACCCACACAUACUUUUCAUCUACCCAAUACUAAGGAUUCGAUUCGAAACCUUUUGAGGAGAAUGAAUUCGAAUAUAUUCCUUAACCAAAAAAUAAAUCCAAAUUGGCCUUGUCUAAAUAAUACACUCCUUAGUUUAUCUGGGGUUAAUUAAUCAAUUGGAAUAAGUAAACACUUCAAAAUCCUUAAUCUUCAAUGGCACAAGAAAGGAGAGGUGUUUUAUGCUAUCCAUCAUUGUUGUUAUCAUUUGAUAAUAAACACAAGACUUUUCCUUAUUAAUGUAAGACCAGGGAAAUAUAUUUGGAAUAUUUUUAAUCGAAAAAAGAGAUACAGCCUGAUCUAUCAACUUGGUCGUAUAAAAAUUAACACAACAUUUAUGGUACCAUAUUUUUUGAAUAAUAUUUUUCAUAACAAAUAGUAGGGGAGGAUUUCGUGAGUCAAAUUUGUAAAUUAGGAAUGCAAUCAUUUGAAACCAAGUUUCAAUAUUGGUUGCAUAUAGAAAAUUGUUUUAAUAUGAAACAAGAGAUGAUCGAUGAAUUACAGACAAUCUUUUAAGAAAAAUUUUAAACAUUUUUUGAUCAAACUCCCAAAAGCAAUUCUUGUACAGAAUAUGUUAACAUUAUCAAGAAAAAAGUUAAAUUUAAUCAAGAUACAAUAAUUGCAGAGGAAACUCAAUUUAGCGCAUAUUGA